AUGGCAACGGCAUUUGGAGCUCAACACUCAACAGCAUCAGCCACAGCCGCCACGCUGCCCAUGGUUUCAAGAAGUGUCUCAUCGUCGUCGUCGUCGAUAGCUGUUGAGAGUACGGCCUGUGGCUUAUCGCUAACCCCUCAGAACAACCAACAACCUCCUGCCCCCACGUUGUCCUCCUCCAAUAAUUCGUCAUCGUCCUCGACGUCCAAUUCUGCCUCCUCCGCCAACCACCACCUCAAUCAGCGUUUAUUGCUCAGCAAUCAGCAGCAAGAUGAACAGCAGCAACAACAAAUGCAUUUAGCGGAUGAUCAUCAGCAGCAACAGCAGCUGGAGGAUAAUCCCUCACCAUCAUCGCUUAUGGGGCAACAUCAUCAGCAGCACCAUCACCACCAGUUGCAGCAAUCGGCCGAAUUGUUGUCCUCCCAUUUGCAGCUGAACUCUUCCAGUUCUUCGGUGGAGGGCAAUGGUAAUGGUGAGAGUGGUCGGGGAUCUUUUGCCUAUGGCCAGGGUCGUUUAAGUCCCAUUGCCUCGGUGGGCUCGUCGGGCGGAGGUAGCCGUUCAUCGGCCCAUUCCCUGCCCUCACAUUCACCGGCGGCCCUGCAUCACCACAACUUGACUGGCUAUCAAGUGCAAGCGUCGGCCGACAAUGGUUGCGGUAGCGGAGCUACCGUGGUGACCUCAGCCUCCAUAAUGGGUCGGCUAACAGCCGGCGGGGGCAGUGGCAGUGUGGUUGUGGACAACAAUGGUUUCAGCAUGUCAGAUGCCGGCGCUGGUGGAUCCCUGUCCCUGCUGCAGAAUCCCCAUCACCAUCAUCAUGCGAGCAGUCAUCAUCAUUUGGCCCAUUUGCCAUAUGCAUCGCUAGCAACGGCCGCUCAUCAUCAUCAUCCGCAUCACCACCACUCCCAUCCUCAUCAUCACCAUCAUCCACAUCACCACCAUCAUCCGCACGAUGCAACAGGACUGUUGGAUAUAUCGCCAUUGUAAAUUAUUCCAAACGUAAAAUCAUCAGCAAAAAAACCUCCUCCCACAGCAACAACAAAAAAAAAACAA